ACAUAAACAAUUGCAUUCCAUUCUUCCUGUAAGAGAUGAUUCUAAGUGGGUUUCACUUCGGACAGAGGCGGCUCCUCCUAUCGCUCUCUCACCGGAGGCAACCCUUUGCUACAGCCACAAGAAUGGUCUCAACUACCAGCAACAACAAAGAGAAGAAAGACAAGGUGAUAGUGAUAUCUGGGCCUACAGGGGCUGGUAAGAGCAGGCUUGCUUUGAAGCUUGCCAAGCGUCUUAAUGGUGAAAUCAUAAGUGCAGACUCUCUCCAGGUUAGUCUUUCUCUUUAGGUGUUGUUUUUUUGGUAAUCGAUUGAUGAUUCUUUGUGUUCUGAUGAUCAAUUGUAGCAGAAUACAAGAAAUUGUGUCUGGGUUCCUGAGUUUUCAUGCAAAUAGAAUUUUGGAUUACAAAGAGAGAAUUUUUCGUUUCCUAAGGUUGGUUCAGUGUACAGGAAUGAAAGAAAUCAUAUCCA